AUGUCCAGCUUUAAAAUCCCGGUCUCUCUAUGCAAAAGAAUCCAGUCCAUUCUCACUAGAUUUUGGUGGGAUAGUUCCCCAGAUAAGAGGAAGAUUGCGUGGGUGGCUUGGAGUGGAAUGGCCAAACAUACAUACUUGGGAGGUCUUGGAUUCAAGAAAAUAGAAGAUUACAAUGACUCCCUAAUGGGAAAGCUCAGCUGGCACAUCUUCUGUAAUCCGAACUCUCUUCUUGCCCAAGUUUUGAAAGGCAAAUACUUUCCAGAUGAACCCUUUUUAGAUAGUGUGGAGAAAUCAGGUUCCUCUCAUGGGUGGUCUAGUAUUUUGGCGGGGAAGGAAGUUUUAAAGAAGGGUCUGGGCUACAUUAUUGGAAAUGGAGAAACUAUCAAAGUCUGGUCGGAUCAUUGCCUCUCCACUUCAGAGCCUGUAGUUCCGAUAGGGCCACCAACGUUUGACAAUUAG